AUGAGCGACUGUGGCAGUUAUAAGGAACCAUCGCGGGCCAUUUUUGCGCAGAGCGAUCUGCAGCAUUUCGUGGGAUCUCCGGCCCAGCAGAUGAUACUAGUAUUUGUAAAGCACUUGAAUGAAAGUGUCAAGAGCAAGCGCAUCUCGGACGCAUACGAAGUGUCACCGAACGUACAGAAGGCGGUAGACGUGAUGAACGAGAUCAGCUCAUGGAUUGUCGAGAUCCCACCCAUCCAGCAGCCAAUGCGGUUUGGCAACAAGGCUUUUCGUACAUUCUACGAUCGUGUUAUCGAGAGAACACGAGCGAUGCAGGAGAACAUGCUGCCGGAGGAAAAGCGUAGUGCUGUCAUUGAAUUGGCGGCAUAUCUAGAUGACUCUUUUGGAAACAGUGUCCGGAUCGACUAUGGCACGGGCCACGAAACCAGCUUUAUAGUGUGGAUGUGUUGUCUGCACAAAAUUGGCUUUUUCAAGCAAUCGGACUUCCCAGCACUUGUGCUGCGGCUGUUUACUUCAUAUCUAGCAAUAAUGCGUCAACUGCAGAAGCAAUACAUGCUGGAACCGGCAGGCUCUCAUGGCGUCUGGGGGCUGGAUGACUACCAUUGCCUCCCGUUCUACUUUGGAUCUGCCCAACUCAUUGGACAGCACGAGAUCUUACCUGAAAGUGUGCACGACGACAGUCUGUUGGAGGCGAGUUACCAGGAAUAUUUGUAUUUGGACGCUAUCAAGUUUAUUAAGGAAGUGAAGGCAGCCUCAUCCUUUGCGGAGACAUCACCAAUGUUGAACGACAUUAGUGCGCUACCAUCGUGGGAAAAGACCAACGGAGGUAUGCUCAAGUUGUACGAAGGUGAAGUCCUGAAGAAACUGCCAGUUAUCCAGCACUUGCGCUUCGGCGCACUAUUUCCUUGCACAUGGACUCCGAGCCACGAAGCCGAUGACGGGUCGACCUAUAUUCCGGUGAGCACACAUCGCGGUACGAACGUUCGUGCUCCUGAUGUUGCAGUAGAAGGUGUGUCGACCAAAGCGCCGUGGGCUUCUGCAGAAACGCUACCGGCCACAAAGAAUACAUCGAUGUCGCCCCUGUGCCAAACCAAAAAUACACUGGACAAAUAA